UCAAACUGCUCUCUGCUGUACUGGAGGAUCCACACUGCAGACUGGAGAAACUCAAUGUGGAACAUGGUGGAGAGUACACAAUGAAACCUGGGCUUAGAAAAUAUGUCUGUGAUCUCACAUUGGACCCAAACACAGUAUACCGACUCCUCUCUCUGUCUGAGGAGAACAGAAAAGUGACACUGAGGUCAGAGGAGCAGCCGUAUCCUGAUGACCCAGAGAGAUUUGAGAACUAUGAACAGGUGCUGUGUAGAGAGGGUCUGACUGGGCGCUGUUACUGGGAGGUAGAGUGGAGUGGGAGAAGGGUUGAUAUAGGAGUGACAUAUAAAGGAAUCAGCAGGAAAGGAAGGGCUAAUGACUUUUGUCUUGGAUACAAUGACACGUCCUGGACUCUUUUCUGCUAUGACAACAGUUACAUUGCCAUUCACAAUAAUAAUCCCAUUGCCAUAGACGUCCGCCCCUCCAGCUUCCACAGAGUAGGAGUGUAUCUGGACUGGCCAGCCGGCACUUUGUCCUUCUACAGAGUCUCCUCUGACACACUGACCCACCUGUACACAUUCACCACCACAUUCACUGAGCCCCUCUAUCCAGGGUUUAGGGUUUGGUAUGAAGACUCCUCAGUGUCCCUGUGUCAAAAACAACAUGAUGUUUCACUCUAAUCAGGGUCAUGUUUCGUAAGACACACUGGAGCAGCAAUGUAGAAUAUCUCUCUAGUGUGUAAACCUCUCUAUCCAGGGUGUUUGGUAUGAAUAUCUCUCUAGUGUGUAAACCUCUCUAUCCAGGGUGUUUGGUAUGAAUAUCUCUCUAGUGUGUAAACCUCUCUAUCCAGGGUGUUUGGUAUGAAUACUCUAGUGUGUCUCUAUCCAGGGUGUUUGGUAUGAAUAUCUCUCUAGUGUGUAAACCUCUCUAUCCAGGGUGUUUGGUAUGAAUAUCUCUCUAGUGUGUAAACCUCUCUAUCCAGGGUGUUUGGUAUGAAUAUCUCUCUAGUGUGUAAACCUCUCUAUCCAGGGUGUUUGGUAUGAAUAUCUCUCUAGUGUGUAAACCUCUCUAUCCAGG